AUGAACAUCACCAUUUUCCUAAUUGUUCUCCCCUCUCUCUCUCUCUCUCUCUCUCUCUCUCUCUCUCUCUCUCGUUCUCCUCCUCCUUCUCUCCGUGUAUAUAUGUAUAUACCUCUCUCUCUCUCUCUCUCUCUCUCUCUCUCUCUCUCUCUCUCUCUCCGUAAUUUUUCCCGCAGUAGACGGUCCUUUCUUUCUUUCUUUCUUUCUUUCUAUCUAUCUACGUUGUGGAGGCAGACAGCCGGCCAACUGGCUGACCCUUUUAUUUCCUUCCUGCCUUGCCUCAGUAGUCGACUCAGCGAUCAAACUUUGCCACUAUGUUCCUUAUACCUUCCCUUUCACCUUUUCUUUCUUCUUUCUCGCUCUCUCCCUCUCUCUCUCUCCCCCCUCUCUUCCUUUCUCUUUUCUUUUCCGGUUAAGCGCAUUCCCUCCUUUCUUUUCUUUUUUCUCAUUUUUUUUUCUUAUUCGGAUCAGUGGGGCAACAUCAAGUCUAAAUACGAAGUAGGCGGCUGCUUUUCAAUGAACGAAGUUGACCUAGCAAGCAUCUAG